AUGGUUGGUUACCAGCGUAACGACUCUUUGACUCAUAAUCAGAAAUUUAUCGCUGGGUGUGUAACCGGUAUGAUAGCGCGGUUAAUCACACAACCAUUGGACAUAGUAAAACUACGAAUGCAACUUCAACAGAAGUCCGGAGAUGGGAGAAGCAUUAAUAUUUCUGAGAUAAUAAGAAAAAUAUCGCAAGAAGAAGGACUUAAAGCAUUUUUUCAUGGACACUACAUUGGGCAGAUACAUUCGACACUAUCAGUGUUGGCACAAUUUUUUGUGUACGAACUAGCGACAAAGCAGGUUGCUAAUUCUGGGAUUGACGAGAAGCACUUACCUACAAUGGAGUUCUUCUGUGGAAUUUUUGCAGGCUGCUGUUCAGCUACAGUAGCCUCACCUCUAGAGGUAAUCAGAGUGAGACAAAUGAUAGUUAAAGAACAGUAUAAGGGGCUUUUAAACGGUGCAAAAGAAGUGUAUAACACUGGAGGCGUUCUCGCGUUCUUCGAAGGACUAUCCGCAUCUUUGAUACAAUUGGGACCUGCUGUUGGUUUGUCAUUUUCGGUGUUCCGUUGGUUACAACCUUUCAUUUUGAGGCAUCUAUCGGACGAUAAUGAUAAUGGCGAGCACUCACAAAACAUCGCACACAAGCCGGCACACAUCGUGAUCGCCAGUAUGGUGGCUGGUUCUGCGGCCGGAUUUGUAUCGAAAACGGCUACCUACCCUUUUGAUCUCGUAAAAAGACGGUUGCAGAUUGGUACACAUAAACAAGACAGCAGAUACUCUACGCCGAGCACCUCCCAGCAUUUAAUCCGAUGCAACAAAUUUUUAGCAUGCAUAUAUAAUACCAUUAAAAAAGAUGGUAUUAGAGGAUUAUAUCAAGGUUGGAAAAUAACUGUGCUAAAGUCUCAGUUAACAAGUAUAGUGGCAUUUACUACAUACGAAGUUACAUGUCACUGUAUCAGAGAAUAUAAUGCAAGAUGA